AAGAAACAUACAUUUUGUUACGCCACUCCAUCACCUUGUUUUUGUAGCAAGCGAUUUCAAAGCGCUUGCCUCCACGUUUCAUCUUGACGAUGGAGACAUUUGUCAGCCGAAUCUGACCGGACGGUUGAUUAAUGGCCAUAGUAAAUUUUUGGUAGAGUGCAGGAGAGCAAAUACGCCAAUUACCGAGCUAUACUGAGCGACAGUAAUCGGCAGGAAAACCUAGGUUUCAGCAGUUGAGGUUAUUUGGGUGACCCCAUUAUCCCACCAACCACCAUAAAAUCCCACUUUGUCAAAUGACCCCCACAUCGUCUCUUUCUUGCCUGCUGCCUAGGCUCUCCAAGCAUUAGAAGAUGCUGGCGAGCAAGAUCAGAUGGUCGCGGCACAUGAAGCUGCCGCCAAAUCCGUUCGCAAGUGAAGUAAAAUACCAGCUACCAGCAGUGCCAAAAGAGAAGCGGAUCCGGUAUUGGGACAUAGCAGUUGGUGAUCUUGUUCUCGUCGCAAAGGGUCCAGGAGCCGGUCAACGGGGUCGGGUGCUCGAAGUCAAUCCCAAGACCAACGGUGUUGUCGUCCAAGGAGUAAAUGUCCGAACCGUUAAAGUUCCCGAAUACCUCCUGCAACCACAGGAUCGAGAUGGCAAAGAGAAGCUGAUUGACGUGGCACACGAGGUUCCCUACGACAGCCUGCGUCUGUUGACACUGAGUACGGACGAAAACGGAGAGCAGGGAUUAAAACCUGUCGAAAUUAAACGCGGCAAACUCUUUUUCAACAAAGAGAAAAGACAACUCACUUGGAAAAGAUGGAUCGUGGGUGAAAAUCGGUUUCUGCCCUGGCCAAAGGCCCCAAAUAAUCGUCCAAAACCCGUUGUCGGACCUAUGGAUACGACGGAGGCCAUAGCCGCCCAGGUUACUUGGAAGCCCACGCUGGAGACACCGCCCAUUCCACUGUCUGUGUCAGACGAAUUGCAUUCAAGAAUGUCGAGACGCAACAGAAAAGAAUGGGCUCGGGAAACCAACAAAAACCUCACCGAACACAUUGCCGUUUCCCUGUUACAGGCAGACAAGCGGCUAAAGGAAAGGUUGUUGCAACAGGAGAUGGAAAAGAGAGCUUCACAAGCGUCCGACACAGGUUCCAAGCAGGUUCCCAACAAACCUGUGUCCCAGUAACGAAUACCGAAUGAGAAUACAGGAUAAGUAAUGAAUAGUAAUAGCCGUAGAGGGAGAAAUGAUAUGGUAAUCUUGCGAGCUUAAGCACAUGUAGGUUUGCUGUUAUAUUCAUUCACAUUCAUUC